AGUCAUUAGGAUGCAAAAAAACCUGCCUGACAAAAUGUCUGAACCCAGGGCUCCAGUUCAACUUUCUGGUCCGAUCUCUUAGCUACACGCCAGUUUCUGAAGACAAAAGAUUUGAAUCCCGAGUGAGAGCUGCUUCUGCUGAAGAUGAACAACUUCCAGCAACAAACGUUCAGGCCGGGGUUCCAUCCGCAAGGCAUGAUGGGUGGUCCAGGCAUGCAGCAACACCCGAGAAUGAUGGGAAAUCCUCAGCAGCAUCCAGGCAUGAUGGGACAGCAAGGCAUGAUGGGAGGACCGCAACAUAGGAUGGCUGGCCCAGGGAUGCAUCCGCAAGGCAUGAUGGGGGCUCAGCAACACAGGAUGGGUAUGCCUGGUCAGCAAGGCAUGAUGGGAGCCCAACACCCGAGAAUGGCAGGCCCUGUGGUGAGCCAGCAAGGCAUGAUGGGAGCUCAGCGUCCGAUGGUGAGUCAGCAAGGCAUGAUGGGAGCUCAGCGCCCUAUGGUGAGUCAGCAAGGCAUGAUGGGAGCUCAGCGCCCUGUGGUGACUCAGCAAGGCAUGAUGGGAGCUCAGCGCCUGGUGGUGAAUCAGCAAGGCAUGAUGGGAGCUCAGCGCCCGGUGGUGAAUCAGCAAGGCAUGAUGGGAGCCCAGCACCCGAGGAUGACAGGACCAGGAGUUUGUCAACCGGGCAUGAUGGGUAACCAGCAGCCAGGCAUGAUGGGUAACCAGCAGCCAGGCAUGAUGGGUAACCAGCAGCCAGGCAUGAUGGGUAACCAGCAGCAGAGAAUGCCCGGGGUGAGUCAGCAAAGCAUGAUGGGUCCUCGCGUCAAUCAACAGCUCAUGAUGCGAGGCCAGCAGCAAAGGAUGAUGGGCCAUGCAGUCAGCCAGCAGAGCAUGAUGGGAAUGCAGCAGCAAAGGAUGAUGGGUGUCAACCAACAGAGAUCAGUUGGACCAGGCCAGAUGCAGCAAGGCAUGAUGGGUGCUCAUCAGCACGGCCCAAAUAAUUUCCCACAGCAUGGCAUGAUGGGAACAACCGGCACGCAGCAGCAAAGGAUCAUGGUAACAAUCCUGCCUGAACACGGUGCGGUUGGGCCAGCUGGGUCACAGAGAAUUGUCGAGUCAGCCCACAACGUCACCGAGCGGCAAGUCAUUGAAAUAAACACUUCAAGCGACGUGUCAGUCAUGGACAGGAAACAAAAUGGCGCCUGCGCGCGUUCCAACAACGUCAACAUCGUCAUCAGCCCUCAGGAAGACAUGCCUCCUCGCUACGACGCCCCAAGUUCCACCGCAAACACGUCGGUCAGCCCCCGGGCAAGCACGCUCCGAACUUUGGUGGAGGUGCCCUUGUCAUUUGAUACAGAAGUGUCAUCAGAGAAACAGAAGUACACAAAAGACGUGGACCACAGACUCUUAAAACCCGACCUUGACCCUGGAGUAUUAAAAGACGGAGAUGUCGACUACAGAACGUUGGUUCCGAUAAGACCAGCAGAAGACAACGUCACAACCAUCCCUCAAACAACACCAGACAAACCAUCAACAAGUAAAGACAUUCCGUUAAAGCUUCUUGUGAAACUCAAACCUCUGAAGCCACUCCAGAAAGCCCAACCACUGGGAGAAACCAUAAAGACUGAACCUAAGACAGAGCCUGAGACUUCUUCACCAACUAAAGACGAUAAGGAACCUUCUAAACCAGGUUUGGUACCGGUUCCCAGCAAAGGAUCUGCAAAUAAAAGUAAGAUCACUCUCAAGUUGAUCGACAGAACAGCGAAACAGAAACGCACUGAACAGGACUCUAUACUUAGCGGCAUUCCAAACUUGCUAGAAAACAGCGUGCAAAGGCUCAGCCUCAGCAUGGAACCAACCCAGCAGGAAAUUCUUAGUGCGUUGGAAGAAGAUUGUGGUUGCAUGACACCGUUGUCAUCUGCAGUUGACGAAACCAUGACAGAGAGAACACCAGAGGUUUCAGGUAACAAGAGUAUCAACCUUAAAUGGCCGGUAAGUGCCCUAAGUACAGAAGACAGAAUGGAAACAAUGCUAGAAGAAGAUGUUGGAAGCAAGGUGUACUCUUCUCUGAGAGAAGAAAGUGACAUGUCAGUGACAUCACCUGAAGUAGUUAUUUCUGAACCUCCAACCACAAAGUCAGAAACAGUUGCAGACUCGGAUAACUUAUCCCUAGUUUCUGGGGAAGAAGCAACAGAACUUUCAGAGCGUCACAACUCCGAACAAAAUCAAGCCGAAUCGGAAGACAUUCUUGAAGCAAAUCGGCCCUUUCUGAACCAUUCUAAGGGUCCUCUCAAGUCGUUUUCACUGCAAGACAAGGAAGAAAGACAAGCAAGAGACGAUGAGCUUAUUCAGGCGUCUUUGGAUGCCAUGGUAGAGCCUUCGGAAGUACAGAACAUUGCCGUAUCUUUCAGAAAUCCUAUCGCGGAGGCUUUCGAACCCAACAAGCCUGGAUCACCGCUCUUGAGCUUGGCUUUGAAACUGACCAGGCUUCACAAGCGUAACGUCACGAAAAGCUACAACGGAAGGCAUCUCAGAAGGACUAUCAGUAUGAUAGAAGAAGGCAUGGAAGCACAUAGGAGCAGCGACACAGAAUUACAGCAACAAAAGAACAAGAGAGAACUAAGGCUGGUGAUAUGUCGAGUCUUUGCAAGGUCUGGAGAAAGUCAUCCAGAAUUGAAGGAGUGUCCUGCAGCUACCAGAGAUGCCUCAGAAAAAUCUCAAGACACAAGAACUGUCAUUGUCAGUGAAGAAGCAAUAAAGAAAGAAGAUGCAAUGCUUCCGAGUUGUUUUCAAGACACAGAACAACAGGGAGGUUUUGACUGUGAGGAUUUCACUCCUUUGAACAAUAAUUUGCCAGGAGUAAAAGAUACACAGCAUUCCAAGAAUGACAACCUUGACGAAAGCUCUACUACUACUAGUCCGAAAAGGAAAGCAUUCGAUGAUGUGGACCCCCCUCUGCCAAGAAAGGUGGCGCGUUCCAAUUCACCUGCAGUGUGCAGUAAUGCCAAGCUUGGAACAGUCCAUGUCAAACAAGAGGGGGGAACUAUCACGUCACUUUCCAACAGCACAAGGAAUCUCUUCAAUACGUUGUCAAGGUCCACAAAUUCUCAUACAGAUUCGCAAAGCAGGAAUUCCAACAACAGUAACAGCCAUACUGCAAUGUCAGGUGAAUUCUCAAACCUAAGGUUGAAACUGCAAAGUCUAAGCAGCUCCAUCGAUGUUUCUACGGUUCAUAACCCUGAAACCAGCACACAGAACAGCCAAGCUUCAGUGUCAAGGUCAUCAGAGGGGUCAGAGAUCAAAGGUCAAUGUAACAAGUGUAACAAACCUAUAAAAGCCAACAGUAAAAUGGAUCGUACCAAAUCCCCGGUGAAAGAGGAAGAACUUCAGUGUGACAUUCAGGCAGACUGUACAUUCAAAACAGGACCAACUAAAAGUAACUGCAAUAGAAGUGACUUACCUCAGGCUCAAGAAAAUUCUAAGAAAGGCAGCCAAGAGGCCAGGUUUAAGAACCAAGCAGAAGGUGUUGGGAGUACCCAGGUAGUCCCCAAAGUUGAGGAAAACAUUAGCAGCCAAAAUCUUCAUUCAACUUGUCAACAAAGCAGUCCAAGACUUUUUUUGCCUCGCAUUGACUCUACUGUCAAAAUAUACCCUGGUGUCACGGGUGCUUCUCAUUUUGCCCACAAGUCCCAAACACUUCAAUCAAACUCUAAAUCGCUACACUGCUAUGAUCAGAGCUAUAGGGCUGCUUCUGAACAUACAGACUUAAACUCUCCUAUUACUGAAAGCAAGGGAAGGUACAACAGUUUAAAAAAUGCGUCAGGAACACUCCAGAAUGAAAAUGGUGAACCAAGUACCUUCAGUGUGACUCUAAACAUCCCAAAGGUGCCAAGCGCGUCUCAACAGCUCACAAAAACUGUGCAGAACCUCCCAAAGGAAAGUCAGAGGCAUCAGACAGCUUGUAGCUCCCAAAGCAUUCCUGUUAUCCUUGGAAGAGAAGCAUCAGAAUCUCAGACUACCAAGACUGCGGUCUCGCCAGGCACUUCCCCGCAUGCCAAAACUUUUCCUUCGCAAAAAGAUGAACAUCACAAGAGUCCAAAGGCUCAGGGUAAGUUUUUCCGUGUGUGCCAGCCUCCUUGCAAGUUGAAAGAAGGUAGCAUGGCUUUUAAGACAUUGCAGGAAGAGAGCAAGAAUGGGGUACAAGGUGAACUAGUGGUGAAACAGGAGGAAGUCAAGAUGGAAACCUCGGAGGAACGUGAGGGAACAACAAACAGUGACGUCCGAAAAGUGGAGUUCUCAAAAACAGAUGUCAACCAAGAGGACCCCUCCAAAUGGCCACAGGGCAUCUCACUACAGGCCAUGAAGCAUGUUGUACUGGUGGACCUGGACUGUUGGCCACAAUUUUUCCAGUCACUACCUAAAGGCCUUGUACAGGACACGUUUGUGUGGGGAUUCCAGGAUGCAAAGACGUCGUGGAGGCCCCCUGUCUCCUGUGAGGAGUACUGCAGGCUGGGCAGGAAGAGACACUUCUACCUCCACCCUCCUUGUGCAUCAGCUGACUCGGCAAUCUGCAUGGUGGCAGGUAAACUGGAUAGUUACCUCCCCAGGCAUCUCCCCUUCACCAUCCUAUCAGGCCUCCAGGGGUUCACACAGCUUCAGCACAGGUGGAACAGGUGUAAGAGGAAAGCAAACCUCGUUGACCCCAACACUACAGAUCUUCACAACCUUCUACACCACAUCUUCUACACCCAGGACAACUCAAGAACCAUGUCUUGAUUUUUUUAGAAGGGUCUACAAGGCCGCACCUUUUAGUUUCCUUGUUUCUUAAACAUUUUUAAGUAUCUUUAGCAUGUCUUGACUUGUUUCUUUCACAUUUUAGAGUAAGAAGCACAGCUUAUGUUUUUGGAGUCUGCAAGGACAUUCCACUUCGUUUGUUUAUUAGACAUUUUCAAGUACAAAGCAUGUCUUUUUUUAUGAUGGUCUACAAGGUCUCAUCUCUUAGUUUUCUUGUUUCUUUGACAUUGUAUAUUAGAGUUAAAAGCAUAUCUUCAUUCUUUUUGGAAGGGUUUUCAAAACUGUACCACUUACUUUCCUUGUUUCGUAGACAUCAUAAAAUAAGAAGCAUGUCUUGAUUUUUUUAAGAAGGUUCUACAGGGCCACAUCACUUAGUUUCCUUGUUUCUUAGACAUUUAGAAGUAAGAAGCACAUCAUGAUUGUUUUAUUGGUCUACAAAGCCAUGACACUUA